AAAAAUGAAAAAACAAGCCCAUUGUAUGAGUCGAGCCCAUCUUAAUUGUUACCCGGCGAAAGUUCGCGGCAGCCAUAGCUGACCGAAACGAGGUUUAUUGCCAUUGAAAUUCCUCCCUCCGAUCUCUCAACUUCUUCUACUAUACCCUAAUCUAAUCCUCUCUCUGCACCCAUGUCUGCUCCAUCCGAAACUCCGAUCGAGGAGCCGCCGUCCGCCGGAGCCGUCAGCAAGAAGGCUGCCAAGAAGGAGGCUGCCAAGCAGGAAAAGCUGCGCCGUCGCCAGGAAGCAGCGGCCGAAGCUGCCAUUUCGUCUCUCAACGUCGAGGAGGAUCCACUCUCCGCUAACUAUGGCGACGUUCCGCUCUCCGACCUCCAAUCCAAGGAGGCUAAGAAUAUCGAGAACUGGACUCAGGUUGGCUCUUUGACGGAGGUGCUUAAAGAUAAGUAUGUGCUUCUGCGUGGACGGAUUCAGACGAUCCGUGCAGUUGCUAAGAAGAUGGCGUUUUUGGUGAUGAGAGAAAAGGGAUUCACUGUUCAAUGCGUGGUGUCGGAGCAGCCUGAGGUUGUUAGUCGCCAGAUGGUGAAGUAUGUGGUUGGCUUGAGCCGCGAGUCCAUUGUCGAUGUUGAAGGAGUCGUGUCCGUGCCCAAUGUUGCCAUUAAAGGUGCUACGCAGCAGGUGGAGAUUCAAGUGAGGAAAGUAUAUUGCAUCAGUAAGGCAAUGCCGAGUCUGCCUAUAAAUAUUGAAGAUGCUGCUCGAAGUGAAGUUGAAAUUGAGAAAGCAUUGCAGGCUGGUGAGCAACUAGUACGUGUUAAUCAGGAUACGCGGUUAAACUAUAGAGUCCUUGAUAUACGAACACCAGCUAAUCAAGGAAUUUUCCGCAUUCAAUGUCAAGUUGGAACCAUAUUUAGACAAUUUCUGCUGUCCGAAGGCUUUGUUGAAAUCCAUACACCAAAGUUGAUUGGGGGCUCCAGUGAAGGUGGUGCUUCUGUUUUUAAGUUGGAUUACAAAGGCCAACCCGCCUGCCUGGCUCAGUCACCUCAGCUACAUAAGCAAAUGGCAAUAUGUGGUGAUUUUGGGCGUGUAUUUGAGAUUGGUCCUGUUUUCAGAGCAGAGGAUUCAUUCACGCACAGGCAUCUAUGUGAAUUCACAGGACUUGAUGUUGAAAUGGAACUUAAGACUCAUUAUUCUGAGGUCAUGGAUAUUGUGGACCGUUUAUUUGUCUCAAUGUUUGACAGUUUGAAUCAAAAUUGUAAGAAGGAGCUUGAAGCAGUAGAUAGACAGUAUCCCUUUGAACCUUUGAAGUACUUGCGAAAUACUCUAAGGCUUACAUUUGAGGAAGGAGUUCAGAUGCUGAAGGAUGCUGGCGUUCAAAUCGAUCCUCUUGGGGAUCUUAAUACAGAGGCUGAGAGGAAAUUGGGGCAGCUCGUCUUAGAGAAAUAUGGCACGGAGUUCUACAUUCUUCACCGCUAUCCUUUGGCGGUUAGACCAUUCUAUACAAUGCCUUGCCAUGAUAACCCAACUUAUAGUAACUCGUUUGACGUAUUUAUUCGAGGGGAAGAAAUCAUUUCCGGUGCUCAGCGUGUUCACGUACCCGAAUUUUUGGCAGAGCGAGCUCAAGCAUGUGGGAUCGAGGUAAAGACCAUAGAAACGUACAUCGAUUCAUUCAGAUAUGGUGCUCCUCCUCACGGUGGUUUUGGAGUUGGUUUGGAGCGCGUGGUGAUGCUUUUCUGUGGUUUGAAUAACAUUCGCAAGACAUCAUUGUUCCCUCGCGACCCACAGAGGAUUGCUCCUUAGAGAGAGUUGUCGCCAGUUACUUGCAAUGUCAGUUUUUGAAAAAUAAAAUUCUGAUCCUACUGAUGCCUUAUUUAUAUUGUUGUAAUUCCAAGUUGGUACAGAUUUUCCUUAUAGUUUGUCAUUGUUAUUUGAAGUUAGAAAAUUUGACAACUUUUUUUUAAGGUUCAAAA